AGCCCCAAGGAAAAUAAAUAAAACAAAUAAACCCUAAAUAUCAGUCAUCCUCACGCUGAACUUCCUCUUCUUCACAUUUCUUCCACUAAUCCCCUCCGUCUAUCCCUACGCCCCUUGUGCCGAUCAUUCUCGCUGGGCCUCUGCCUUGCCGUCGCCGCGUGUUAGGAAAUGGGUGACAAGAAAAAGAAAGCUACCAUGUUCAUCCGACUUGUAUCAGCUGCUGGGACUGGAUUCUUCUAUGUCAAAAGAAAGCCAACCAAAAUUACAGAGAAGCUCGAGUUCCGAAAAUACGAUCCCCGGGUCAAUCGACAUGUUUUGUUUACGGAAGCAAAAAUGAAGUGAAAGAAGAGAAAAAAAAAUCGUCCUUUUAGCUUGGACCUAUUCUUCUUCCAAAUUUCGUUUGGUCCUUAGUUUUUGGAGGCUUAGCAAUUAGUCUUCUCCAAUUUAGACUGAUGUUUCACAUUUGCUAGUUUUUCCCUUGGCUCAUCUUCAUCCUUUUGUGAAACACAUCAAAUUCUAUGGCCGGGAAUUGUUUGCCCCCUUGAUCUCUUCUGGUCAAAUGUGUUGAGAUAAAUUAUAAGAUAUAGUUUUGAGUUAUUAAGCUUGUUACAUCUUAGACUUGAUUUAUUUUUAUUUGUAAAACAGAAAAAUUCUAUGGGUAUGAAUUCUUUGCCCCUUGAUAUCUUCCAGUGGAAUGUGUUAAAGAACUUACA